AUGGGACCGGCCCUUUUGGUGCUACUUUCACUGGUUGGAGCAACAACAGUGGAAAGAGUGCAGUAUGACUACUACAAGUACCACCCCAUGUCAGAGAUCACCGACUGGAUGGACAUGAUCGCAAAGAACUACAGUGAUGUUGCGUCCCUGGUGGAAUAUGGCAAAACCUAUGAGAACAGGCCUAUCAGUCUGCUCAAGAUUGGCCCGACCACUGGAGUGAGGAAGAAGGCUAUCUGGAUGGACUGUGGUAUUCAUGCUAGGGAAUGGAUCUCCCCAGCUUUCUGUCAGUACUUUGUCAAACAGCUCCUGGAAACAUACAAAACAGACUCCCAGAUAAAAGAGAUGAUGACGAACAUGGACUUCUACGUCACGCCCGUGCUGAACAUUGACGGCUACAUAUACACCUGGACAACGGAUCGGCUGUGGAGGAAGUCCAGGUCACCGGGAGCUCUGGGCUGCAACUGCAGCUGUGACUGUAACGGCACUGAUCUCAACCGCAACUUCAACGCCAACUGGGGCACGGUGGGGGUAUCGUUCAACUGCUGCUCACAGGUGUACCCCGGCUCCAAGCCUCUGUCUGAGUCCGAGGCGCAGGCCGUCGUUGACUUUGUGGAAAAACGGAAGGACGACAUCCUGUGUUUCCUCACUAUCCACUCCUACGGCCAGCUCCUCCUGGUUCCCUACGGACACCCCAGUAUCGCUGCCCCCAAUUACGACGAGCUGAUGAAGGUGGGUUUGGCUGCAGCUGAGGCCAUCAAGAAAGUCCACGGGAUGGAGUACACUGUGGGAACCUCUCCAGAUGUGCUGUACGCCAACUCUGGUUCUUCCAGAGACUGGGCUCGGCUGACAGGAAUCAACUUCAGCUACACCUUCGAGCUGAGAGACAAGGGAGAGCACGGCUUCAAGCUUCCCGAGGAGCAGAUUCAGCCGACCUGCGAGGAGGCCUACAGCGGAGCCAUGCACAUCAUCAGCUACGUCCACGACAAGACCUUCAAGGGCACCGGGAGUGCUGCAGCCACCGCCACCGCCACCCUGUGGAUGGUGCUGUUGGCAGUUGGCGCCGCCCUGCUGUGA